GCACAAAUGCAGAUCUCUCAGCAGUGAGGGGCUCAUAAUCUCGAGUUGAGAAUAAAAGACACAUCUGUGCCACAUCUGGGAUUUUACUGACGAUUUUAUUCCUUCACAGCGAAUGAGUAUUUCAAAUUACUAGUUUUGACGUUCUCAUCUAUUUCAAAUCAUGUUGUGUCUGCAGGAAUCGGGCGACUGCCUGCGGGAACAGAUGCGUUAUAUGAUGCGAUCGCUGCAGGAUUUGAAGCAUUUACGCCGGAGUGGCGCAGUGCCCCCUAUCGGGCCUCCGGUGAGGUUGCGUGCCUGUAAGCAGCUCAUUGCCCAGCGUGAACGCAGGGCGCGGAUGAGGAUCAGCGAUGCAAGCGAGACUACCAGCUACGACUCAGCCUGCCAUCUUUCUACCUCUCUGGAAGAUGAGGAAUCUACAGGCGGCCCGUCAACCGCCAGCUCCCCGAGUAGUGAGCGAAGUCUGGAGUUUGACUCUGGUUACUCCGAGGCUUCCUGGCAGGAUGAGGGUGUGGUGUUACGUCGCACCAGAAACGUCCGCGUCUCUUCGUCCGCAUGUCUCCGCACCAACCAGUUGCCCAGCGACCGAGUUCGUCCGAAAUCAACAUCCGACGCGUGCCUGGAAACAUGGACGUCGUUUGAGACAUCUAGCGACCCGGAGGACUGGACUACGUCGCUGCUUACCCGCGGGCGUAACCGGCAGCCGUUGGUUCUGGGAGACAACAGCUUUGCAGAUCUCAUUCAGAAUUGGAUGGACUUACCAGAAUGCCCAGAGCAGUCUGAACAGAAGCACAGUUCGGGACGCAGUUUCGCAAAAGACUUCUUGAUAAAUGUUAAACGGAGGAUAGCCGGACUUUCACGGAACGUUGACGGACGAAGGAGGUCUACAGAUGUUACACAGCUGAGCACAACGUUUGUGGCCGCUAAAAGACUUUCUUGCCAUGUUGAAGUGCAGCACAAAACACCCUUCUUCUAUAAAUCCCACACUGGUUUGAAUGAACUGGAUGAAGAUUUGUAUCAGUUUACGGCACUAAUGCAAUCGGGGAGCAGAAUGCCCAUCAUCUGUAAUGACAAAAUUGGGUACAUUUGACUCUAGUGAGAGAGACUGAAUGAUCAACACCUCCGGGAGAGACUAAUUAUUUUUAUAUCAAAUGUUCUGUCAAUGAAGCUAUGUACAAUGUACACAAUACAAUUAAAAAAGUUCAAAGAAUUUGGUCAGAUUGGUC